GUUAGGUUUUAGUUUUCUGUGAUCAACAAGUCAACAAACAUUUUGAAUAAUGGCAGGUUCAUCUAAAAAGAGUAAGAAGACUGAAGACUCAGAUGUUGAUCAGUAUUCGAGUGCUGACGAAGAAAGUGAAGAGGGAACUUAUCAUGGACAACAAGAAAUUCAAGCAACAUUCGAGGGUAGGAACCCGGAAGGUCAAGAUUUUCACGGCAUCAAGCAACUGCUCCUCCAAUUAUUUCUAAAAGCACACGUUGACUUAUCCCAAAUGACUGAUUUGCUGAUCGCCCAAAACGGCAUCGGUUCCGUCCUGAAACAGAGCUGCAACGACAGCGAUGACGAAGACGACAUCGACAUGGUCGAAGAGUCUGACGUUUUCGGCAUAACAAGCGUUCUCGCUUUGACCUUAAACAAAGAUUCGUCCUGCGUCUCCCAUUUGUUUCAGUUAUUGCAGGACGUUGGUCAGAAAUAUGCAAAUGCGGAAACUCAGGAAAAUAUCAAAAAUAUUCUGCAGCCUAAUAACAAUAUUGGAUUUCUGAUUAACGAGCGAUUUGUUAACAUUCCUGCCAAAAUUUCUAGUGUAAUGUUAACUUCGUUACAUGACGAAAUUGAACGCAUGAAGAGGAAGAAUCCAGGCUACAAUUUCAAAUAUUUCAUUAUGAUAUGUAAAACUUAUAAACCUAAAGGAGAAUCCCAAGAAAUUUACACAAAUGACGAGGAAGAAAUUUUCGCCAAAAAAGCAUUUGUUAAUUUUGAAUUUAAUGUAGAAAAUGAAGCGGAUUCUGGAUUAGGUGGAAAAUGGUUGUCUGAGGAUAAACAAGUUACGCCAUUCAGAAGAGUUUUAAUUUUUAAAGCAGAACAUUUUAAAAGUAUUAUUGAUGAAGUUACAGCUUUUGUACAAUAGGUUUAAUUAAGAUGUUAAAAUUUCAUACCAGUUUUGUAAAUAAUUAUAUUUUAUUGAAAAUAAAAGGAUUAAAAAAAAUAAAAUAAA